AUGCCACUAACUGCAGAGAGUGCAGCUCAGCAGAUUCAGGAUCGCCUGAAAGAUAUUCAACAACAGAUUCACAUUGUUGAUGAGGAGCGUCGUCGGGCAGAGAACUCCAUCUCAACUCUUGUACGUUCCCUUCAGACAAACAAUGCCAAGGUGAAACCCCUGCUAAAGGCCAGCAUGUUGGAGACCUCGCAGGAGGAGGCCACCAUUAGAGCCGCUCUAGCAAAAAUCCACGAAAUUCGGAGCAUUCGCAACGAACGUCGCAUUCAGGCUCGGAAUGCUGGCAACAAAGAAGCUAUUCGUCGCGGCGCACUCAUGAAAAUGGUGCAGCUCUCUGCCCAAACUUUGCCUUUGUUUGUGAGCAAACCAGGCGAACGGGCUCCAGCCUUAUGUGGAGCAAUUCCAGCCGAGGGAAACUACGUGGCCAAGGUGGGCGACAACGUAGCCGCUUUGGCAAAGGGCAUCGAUGAAGAGGAGAACUGGAUACUGGCGGAGGUGGUUCAGUUUUUGCAUCGCCAAAAUAAGUACGACGUGAUUGACAUUGAUGAAGAGCAAAAGGAUCGCCAUGUUCUCAGCAAAAGGAAAGUUAUUCCGCUACCCCUAAUGCGUGCCAAUCCUGAGACUGAUGGUCACGCUCUGUUUCCCAAGGACACUGUAGUGAUGGCGUUGUAUCCACAAACAACCUGUUUCUACAAAGCCAUUGUCCACCGCCUGCCUGCGACUGCCACAGAAGAGUAUGAUGUUCUCUUCGAGGACUCGUCCUAUAUGAACGGCUAUGCGGAGCCUCUGCCCGUAGCCCAGCGAUAUGUCAUCGCGUAUCGUCCUACGAAGAAAGGCGCUGGCAGCGGCAGCGGUAAUCUCUCAUCGGCAUAAACGUAAUUUUUCCGUAGCUUACAUACAAAUAAAUAUAAAUUAAAUGCAAAGAU